GGUUCUUUGUUUUUUUUGCCGAUAGUAUUGAAUUCGAUGUUUUCUCUUCCCUUCGAAGAUCUCCGCUAUUAUUUUCCAUAGAGUGAAGUUUCUCUUGAUCUUCUUUAUAUACCAGUAAUAUUGAUUUUGCGAUUUGAUAAGAUGUGAUAAAAUUAAUGAGAAUAUUUUUUAUAACGGAGUUUAAUUUCACUCUUGUUAUCACAAUUUAAAUUCUCUUUCAUGAAUCCCAUGUUGUCUACAAAUCGCUGUCAGCAACUGCGUUGAAAUAAUUGCCAUUUGCGUUGUUUCUAGGUUUUCACGAGAGGCUUGAAUUUCUUCAUUUGUUUUUUUUGUAACUCCACAUGUACCAUCUUCAUAUAAAAGUUGCUAAGUCCAUACGUUAUAUUCUUACGUCGAUAGCAACACGUAAAACUGAUCAAUCGGUGAAUUAAAAAACACGCCCUACAUCCUUAAUUCUUAAGCGAUCGUCUUAUCUUGCUACUAUCGUUGACAGCAAUUGACAAGUCAACCAGCGUCAAUACAAUUCGAGACUCGAAUAUCUUGAUGAAACGAACGAAUUUACGCAUACAUAUAUGCGACUUGCCGAGGACAUCCGGCAGCAAUCUUCCAAAAUUACCCCCAAAUGCGAGAUUCUACAAUCGAUGGAAACGAAAUCUUCAGAAGCUUGUUCUUGUUUCUACUCGACAUCCUUUAACAGGUUCAAUUUUGCGCAGCCAAACAGCUGUUGCUUUUGAAAAGAAAAGACAUUCAAGAUCACCUCAUCGAUGGACGAUUCAUCCAUGUAGUAUGUUAAGGUUCUACUGGGACACAAUAAUGACUGUGACCUUGUUAUAUAUUUUCAUAACAGUUCCGCAUAUUAUAUGCUUCUACAGAAUUGGAAAGAGCAGCGGUCCUGAAUAUUGGAAUAUCGUGUAUCCGACUUACGCUGUUUGUAUUAUCGAUAUUUUUCUGAAUUUUAUUACUGGAUUUGUAUCUCCAGAUGGACAUGAGAUUUUUCUUGAUACUACUCUAAUAGCACGACGUUAUAUAAAGGGAUACUUCUUCAUUGACUUUAUCAGCUCAGUACCAUACAUGUGGCUUUAUCCAACACUUAUCUUACCGCCUGGUCCAAAUUCAAAUUCUAUACUACUUAUCCUCGAAUUCUUGCCUAUUUUAAAAUUGAUUCGCAUAUCUACUGUACGACGAAAUGUUCAACACAUCAAUACAAGUUUUGGGAUUUCUCAAGUUCACCACGUAACAAUAUGGUUCAUCAUUUUAACACUAAUAAUUUUUCAUUGGACUAGUUGUAUAAGUUAUGUCUUUCCAUAUAUCGUUAUGCAUGUACAAGGAAAAACAAUGGAAAAUUCAGAUGCAUUGACGAAACUUGAUGAUGUAUCUGACUGGGAAGUUUAUUUAAUAUUUGUGCAUAUCGGCAUAAGUAACUUUAUUGGUUCCAAUUUUGUAGAAUUCGGAAGCUUUGUUACGAUCCUACAACUUUUGGAAUCGUCUGCAAAACCAAAACUCAAAUAUCAACGAAUCAUACACGAAGUAAAAGAAUACAUUCAUCAGAAGAAGCUUCCGCUACAUUUACAAAAUAAACUGAUUUUCUAUUACAAGUAUCGUUACUAUGAUUCUUUCUUCAAAGAGAAUAUUAUAUCCGAUACUGUUUCGGGUCAUUUAAAUCAAGAAAUUCUGUUCCAUGGUAGCCAAAGAUUGUUAGAUAUCACGAUUUUUCGCAAUUUACCUCGUAAUGUUCUUGGUGAUUUAAUAAAUUCAUUGAAGCCAGUAAUAUAUCUUAAGGGUGAUGUAAUUUACAAAGUCAGUAUUGAAGGCGAAUGUAUGUAUUUUAUAGCUAGUGGAACUGUUGCAUUGAUCACUUUUUCCGGAAAAGAAAUAUGUCAUCUUCAUGAUGGUGAUCACUUUGGUGAAGCUGGCUUGAUUUAUCCGAAUCAACGCAGAGAAGAAUCAGUUAUCGCUUUAGAAGUGUGCGAGCUGCUUCGCUUGCAUCGUCGUGAUUUCAAACGUCUUUUUGCCGCAAAUUCGGAGUUUUAUAACAACUUGGAGCAUAUUGUUCAUGAACGUUCAAGAAGAAUCAAAGAGUUGGAAGAACAAAACAUAGGUGAAACGACGAAGCAGUAG